AUGGUAAGCUCCUCCAACACGCACACACAAGGUUACAAAGAGUGGGCUUUAAGGAAUCAUUGGUCUGAAGAUUUGAGAUGCGAUUGUGAUGAACCUGCGACAUUCUCGAUCUCCAAAACUGUCGAUAAUCCAUGGAGGAAAUUCAGGGGGUGUCCAAACUAUCAGGAAACUAUGCGGAAGUUCCAUAUGGAUUUGGAGGAGGCUAACAACAAGAAAACAUUUGCAAUGGAGGUUUUGAAGCUUUCGGAGGAGGCCAAGAACAACAAAGAAGUUCAACUGGAUAUUUUAAACAUGUUGAAGGUGGAGCUACUUAUGAUGGUCAUGCUUUUGGUGGUUGUGAUAGUGAUGGGGUUUAUGGUUCACCAUGUUAUGGUUAAAGCACUGUGA